AUGGCCCUCUGUUGCAAGACAGUCUACGACAUGUCAAUACCCGCCCUCUGCAGCUCCGUCGUACUGCGAACGCCCCUUCAACUAAACGCCUUCUGCGAGUUUAUGACUUUGCAUCCUUUAUGCAUACCCUACGUCCAUCACCUCCGCCUUCGCACGUCGCUUACGAUGCAAUGGAUGAAAGGCCCGAUGGCGACGCUCGUCGCGAUCUCCUUCGGCGCGGACCUCCUCGCUGACGUCCUCGCUCGCGCGGACAACCUGACGACGCUAGCCAUCGAGCACGCUGACCGUGUACUCAACGAGAGCUUGGAGCUCAUCGCCGCCCUUCGAAGCCGUCCGCGGCUGCUCAACCUGACGCUCACGCACGCCGGCCCUCGCGCGCUCGACCUCGUCUCCGGCCUGCGCACGGUACAGCGCCUCGACCUACACCGCCAACCGCAAGUAGACGUACGCGCCCCGCCCGUCCGCGCCUCCGCCUACCUCGCGCCCAUCGCGCCCACGCUCCGCACCCUCGUCCUCUCCACCCCGACGCACUCGGACGAGCGCGAGUUCGACGGCGUGCUCUGCCCCGCGCUGUCCGAGCUGCAGCUCACGACGCGCAGCGCCGUCCUCGAGCGCUGGUUCGCGCCCUUCCCGGCCGUGCGCCGGCUCACGAUCCGCGCCGACUGGUCCGUCGUCGACGCCUUCCCCGCCGCCUGGUCCUCCCUACCGUGGACCAUCCUGGACCGGCUGGUGGGUAAUAUCCAGGGCCUCUGCAGCCUCGGGAUCGCGUGCGAGGUGCGCUUCAUCGGGAUCGAUCCACCGCCCGUCACGGGCGGCCACCCGGAUCCGUUCGGCGACCCCGCGUACGAGGCGAUGUUCAUGGAACUUCUCUCGCGCACGCGCCCGACGGCACUCGCGCUCGGGUACUCGAGCCUGCGCGCGUCCAGCAACACGCGCGUGUUCGCGCUCCUCGCCGACACACAGCAUCAGCUCCGCUUUCUCGACGUCUCCGUGCUCUCGCGGGACUGGCUCGAGCUCAUGGCGUCCUUGGACAAGGCCCCGGCCGAGCAACCCGUCAAGGACCACUCGUGGUUGCUCCGCUUCGUUGCCAAAGAAGUUGCUGCGGCGAAGUACAUCGAAAUGUCGUGCCCGCCGGCCCGUAUAUCUCGAGGCUGGUACAGGAUCACCCGCAAGGGGGCAGACCCUCCGUUACUCGAAACCCUUUCCGAGGCCCAUGGCUUGGCCCUGCGUAAGCAGUGGACGUACCCCUCGACGCCGUGA